UGUUCUUCAAGUGCGACGGGGACAAGGACUGUGCCGACGGGGGAGACGAAGCUCCCGAAAUGUGCAAUACAAACCUCACUGCAAAUAGCACCUCUGUCGAGUGUCCAAUUGACGAGUGGCGUUGCGCCAGUGGACAUUGCAUCAGCGGUCAUCUAAGAUGCGAUUUCACGGCUAAUUGCCUGGAUGGCUCUGAUGAAGAGGGCUGUCUGGCACAGCAUUGCAAUGACAAUGAGUUCCAGUGCCCGGGCAGUCCAAACAUGUGUGUCUUGAACGACUGGAAGUGCGACGGGGACCAAGGCGAAUUUGACUGUGACGAUAAAUCUGACGAGGACCCAGCCAUGUGCUCCAAACUUGCAUGCCCACCAAACCGUUUCCGUUGUCAAAGCGGCAUUUGCCUGGCAAGGGCAAAGGUUUGCAAUGGCGUGGCUGACUGCGGGCCGGAAGACCGCUCGGACGAGGACAGUAAGUUGUGCGAGGACAUCCAGCAGAAAUGUCUAGGCGGGUGGACGCUGAGCGGCAACAAUGACGGGCAGAUGAUGGCCAACGCACACAUCAUGGAGCGAUUCGUCUGCUCCAAUAAGCACUGCAUUGAUGCUUCUCUAGUCUGCGACGGCGUCGAUUCAUGUGGAGACAACAGUGACGAGGAGAACUGCGAGACACUGGAGUCCGGUAAUCACGCCACCUGGCACCACUGUCCCUUUGGCCUGUGCUCGCAGAGCUGUACGUGGAUCAAGAGCGGAAGUCAUAACCAGCACAGUCAGUACGACAGUCAUCAGCACAGCCACCACAACAGUCACAAAGUGCACAUCACCACCGCCAUUGACACCAACUUUACGCUGGCCUGCAGUUGUUCAGAUGGCUACACGCGCUACUCCUUCAUUCGGGAUCAGCAGGACAUUGAGGAAGAGAAGGAGAGGGAAAGGGUGAAUCAAAGCAAAAGCAAGCAAAGUGGUGGCGAAAAGGGCCACUCAAAGAAGAUGCCUCCGCAGCAGGCCACCUGUCAGGCAAAUGGUCUGCAGGCAGCUCUACUAGUCUCCUCGGACACUGGCUUUCGAGUGGUCAAUCCGUACAAGCGAAACUACCAGGAGCUGGUCAGUCUUUUGGUGUCAACAGAGAACGUCACAGACAAGAGCAAUGUGACCGCCGAUCACCAUCAGCCUUCACAUCUGCUGCUCAACCGUACGACGAUCAAUCGCAUUGAGACAUUUGACGUGCUGUACCAGAGAGACGGCGUGUCGAGCAUCUUCUGGAGUAACACAAACCUCAGCAGCAUCUUCCGCAUUGACAUCACCCACCUGGAUGGCUUCUUUCGGUUUGGCAGAGAGAUGCGGCACAAUCAGGUACCGCCUGAGAAACAGCCGACAAUGAGUGAGCCUGUUGAAGUGGUGAAGACAAUCAGCAAGCCGAAAGCGGUUUCAGUGAACUGGGUCUCUGGACAAAUUUACUGGAUUGAAGCCAAUGAAAAGAGCAGCAGCAUCAGGUCGGCGACGAAUGCAGAAAGCAGCUUAAUUGAUGCCAAAAUCUUCAUGGCAGAGUCAGACGGCAGCAAAAAGAAGACCAUUUUCUCUGGCGCUCCACUGGAACAGCCUUGUGAUUUGAUUGUAGAUCCAAAACAUUCUUACCUUUUCUUCAGCGACUGGGGUCACACUAGUCUGAAGAUUGGCCGCAGCAAUCUGCUGGGCACCGACUGGCGUCCACUGGUUAGCAGCGACCUCGAAUGGCCCUUAGGACUGGCGCUGGACUACGAGGCAGAUCGCCUGUACUGGAGCGACCCAAAAAUGUCGCUGAUUGAAUGCGUUCGCAUUGACGGCUCAGACCGACAGCGCAUCUACUCACUCGUCAGCUGGGGCCUGAAACCAAUUCGACUGGACCUCUUUGAAGACCACCUCUACGUGUCCACCUUCCCCAACCAUCAGAUCUUUAGGCUGGAAAAGUUUGGUCGCCAGCGAGGCGCCAAUCGCAGCGAGAUAGUGCCUCUCGUUCACGGCGUGCCAAAACUGUCCGACCUGGUAGUGGUGCAUGAGUCACGGCAGAAGGUGAACCUCUCCAAUCCGUGUCAAAAGUGGAGCCGCCAGUUGGCCGCCUACGUCAGCCCCUGUCCUCACGCCAGCUUUAUCUGUCUGGCCACCUCACCGAAGACGUUUGAGUGCACCUGUCCGGACGGACAACGGAAGAUGCUCUCCAAUCGUAAUGAAUCGGAGUGCACUGACAGCGUGCAGGCGGAGAAGACUUCCCCAGAGGGCAAACCAAAUCAGUCGCCGGCUGAAACCACUCGCUGUCCCUGUCUGAACGACGGCCAGUGUCGCUACCUGCCCGACGACAGUCUCUUCUGUCAGUGUUCGCCGCUGUACGAAGGCGAGCUGUGCGAGCAGUUCCGCUGCAUCAACCACUGCCUCAACAAUGGCGCCUGCUACAUUGACCUGAGCGAAGCGAGCAGCUACUACUCGGAACCGGUGAACAGCAGCAACACUGAUUCUACGACCAACAACAACAGCACCGGAAAAGUCUUUAAAAGCCAGGGCACUUCUCGCUGCAUGUGCCCGUUGCAGUGGACCGGCGACCGGUGUGAGGUGCCGGUGAGCAGCUGUAAUCUGAUUCCCCCCACUCUGGUGCCUCAGCCAGGAUCUGUGUGCCUGAACGGUGGCCGGUGCUCGCUGGUUAGCAGCAGCAAGACUGGCUUCCCCGGCACCGACGACGUCACCGUCGCCUGCGACUGCAGCGGAACUGGCUUCACUGGGGAGCAGUGCGAGGAGUGCCACCAGGCGCUGUACUGUCGCCACGGCGGAAGCUGUCUGAAGACUGACGAUGGUGGCCACUUUCGAUGCGCCUGUUUGCCUGGCUUUGCCGGCACUACCUGUGAGCAACACCUUUGUCACGCCAGCUACUGCAACGGUUACGGAAAUUGCACUGUUGAAGAGAGGCCGCUCAAACUGGAAACAUCAGCUGGUGAGCCUAGCAGCGGCAGCAGCAACAGCGUCAAUGGCGACUCUCACUUUCGCUGCGCCUGCAUUCGCGGUCGAUCGGGUAAUCGGUGUCAGUUUGACGACCUGCAGGCUAAUCCACCCACCAACUGUGAUCACAUUGAGUGCGUCAACGGAGGCACCUGUCACCAGGUGGCCAAGGAUAGAGCUGUUUGCAGCUGUCCGGCGGACUUUACCGGAGUGCACUGUGAACACGCCUACCUGGCAAACUCCAGUGUUUUGGUAGAUGUAAACCAGCAGCAGUCAUCAUCAUCAUCGGACAACUCUUCACCGACAAUUGGCGGUAAACCGGUGACACCUAAAUCGCACACUGUUCAUCACUACGACAUUGUCGCCUACCUCUUCCUGGCCACUGUCGUCUUUGUUUUCGGCGGUUUUAUGAUCUUCCGUCUGCAUGACACACUUUGCAAGAAAGUCCAGUCAGAGUUGGCUUUCCAGCACCGGCGCAUCAACGACAACUUUACCGCUGCUGACGGACCUAAUGUCGAGAUACUGAAUCCCAUCUUUAAUCUGGACACUGCCAAUGUCGAUGCGGAAGAGCAGAUAGAGCUGGAGACUGAAUUUGGCACAGGCUCAUUUGUUAACACUACAAAUUUCAGCAAUCCAAUCUACGAAUACAAAAAGCGCGUUCUCGAGCCGAAAAACGUCGAAGAGACCGAGAAUCUUCUUGAACAUCCUUCGUGA